AUGGUACUUGCGCAGCGGGCGGGCAGAGUUUGUGUUGAUUCUCAGCCAUUUCGUGUUGUUCUCAACGAGCAGCGCCUAAACUUGCUAGGGGUAGAUUGUUGGGCUGUAAGAAUUGUGAUAAGGAUGGUGAGCGGUUCGGAGACGAUAGGAACUAAAGACAAUUUUGAGGAUGCAAGAUCUCACAGUAAAAAAAACUUCUUCACUCUCGUCAAACAUGGCGGGACAAGGCAUGAAGCUUGGAAAGGCCAUGGUCUUCACCAAGAAGACCGGAUCGAUCUUGGAACCAAGAUUGAGACCCUGAAGGCUGAAGACUAA